AUGGAGAGGGACGCCACUGCCUUCUGCCCGCCGCCCCAGCCCGCGCCGGCCGCCCCGGCUUCGGCGCCGCCCGCGACGGUGCUUGGCGCCGGUGGAGCGGUCGCGGCAGCGGCAGGGCACGGCCGCGGCGGCGGCGGCGGAGGAGGGAGGCAGUACCGCGGCGUUCGGAUGCGCAAGUGGGGCAAGUGGGUGGCGGAGAUCCGCGAGCCGAACAAGCGGUCGCGGAUCUGGCUCGGGUCCUACUCCACCGCCGUCGCCGCCGCGCGCGCCUACGACACGGCCGUGUUCUGCCUCCGCGGCCGCUCCGCGCGGCUCAACUUCCCCGACCAACUCGACGGCGCGGCGGUGGCCGACAACCCCGAGGGGCACAAGGACGGCGCCGGGGCGGGGCUCACGGCCGCCGCCAUCCGCAAGAAGGCGGCCGAGGUCGGCGCCCGCGUCGACGCGCUCCACUGCGGCGUCGGCGGCCUCGCUGGCGGAGGCGGCGCCUCUCCACAGCCGCUGUCGUCCCUUCGCCGCCGCCCCAAGAACCCCGACCUCAACCGGGAGCCCACCCCGGACACCUCAGACGACGAGUGA